AGGUAGGACUUAGGGGUAGUCCUCUGGAACUUGACGAAAGCUAUCUGAUGGACUAUCUUUUUUUUCUUCCUAGCAGGUUGUUUUGCAAAGGGGAUAAAAUAUGCCGGACGCAGAUGAAAUCGAGCGGGGCCCGGCCGCUACGCCGGCAGACUUUGUCAAGGCCCUUGAAAAAAGGGAAUUGGCACGACUUCAGGUGCCGAAAAUUGACAUCUUCCAUUUUAAAGGGGACAGAGUAUCUGAGUGGCUGGAGCUACUGGAACAAGUUACCGCCGAGGUACCCGAAGAAGACAAGUUCAAGUUCCUACCUCGAUACAUCUGGUGGGAAACCGGACCCGAGGUAAUGAAGAUAGCUGCUGGAGCAGGAGGAGACUGGGCUAAGUCCAAGGCAGAAAUGCAGAGGCGGUUCAAGCUAGGGGAUGGUUUAUUAACGAAGACAGACUUGAAGAUGUUACAACGAGACGAGUUCUCCACGGUGGGAGCUUUCGCAACGGCAUUUGAGAAGAUGGCAAAGAAAGUCCCCGGAUUGGCGGAAGAAGAACAGUGUGCCACUUUCCUGGAACACUUCAAGAAUUGGGAGGCCUCAUCGCUAACCAAGAAGGUUGCGCCAGGAAAGAAGCUCACUUGGGCCGCCAUAAAGGAGGGCGUGAUAGAAGGAGAGUUGGACCAAGUAGACAUCUUCCAAAUGCGACACGCUAGGAAGAAGAGGAAGGCUUUGGAUGCCUCGACAAGUGAAGGGAGAAAUUUUAAGAGAAUGGUAGAGGAUGCUGUUGCCCAAAUCGAUGCAGAAAAGGAGGCAAAAAGAAAAACUAUGGCGGCACCACAAACCCAAGGAAAAACAAAGAAGGCGGUGGUGCAAGAGGAGGAAGAAGAGGGGGAAGAGGAGCCUGAGCCUUAAAAGCUAACAAAGGCACAGAGGAAGG